AUGAACACGAAAUCGAAUAGAGGUGAAGAGAGUUGGUAUCAUUUUGAAAGGAAAAGGGCCUUCGCCGAGGUGUUUAUUGGAAAACGCCGACUGAACAGCUACGGACUAUUCGACAAGGAAGCAAAACUCUCAUAUGCAUCUUGUAUGCAAAGACUGAAUAUCCAUCUUCUUGAGCGCGCCUUCCCGAACCCUCUUAGAUACUCAUUGACUGGUACUCAAGUGCAAGCAAAUCGAUGGGCCAAACGCUCACUGACCUCACCUCCAUCCUUGAACAAUCAGUGUCGGAAGACCCUCGGACCAGGUGUAUGGUGGCGCAGUUAUAUGCCUGAUUCCACAGGGCAUCCCAGGUUCAUCGUCCAGCAGGCUACCAAGAGUUGUUGCCCGAUAUGUGAGACACAGCCCAAGGUAAUCGAGAAGAUCGCGCAGCGCAGCCGUGGAUUCCUUCGAGAGCUUUUCCUAAAAGGCUGUCAAAAUGUCACAGACGACGCCAUAAAGCGCUUCACACAACUCUGUCGGUUGAUAGAAUACCUGAAUCUUUCUGGAUGCAAAAACCUGACGAACGACACGUGUGAACACUUAGGACAGAACUGUCCACAACUUAUGACAUUACUGCUCGAGUCUUGUUCGAAGAUUGAUGAUACUGGAAUGGAAUUACUAAGCUGGUGUUCCAAUCUGACGGUAUUGGAUGUGUCGUGGUGCGCCGUCGGUGAUCGUGGCCUAACAGCCAUCGCACGCGGUUGUAAAGGCUUACAACGGUUUCGCGCUGUUGGUUGUCGUGAGAUUACCAGCCGCGGUGUUCAACAACUGGCAGAGCGUUGCCAUGGCCUUAUUCUUCUGAAUUUGAAUUAUUGUGGUCAGAGCAUCACUGAUGAAGCUAUGGUUCAUCUUGCGACAGGGUGCACGGAACUCCGUGUCCUGGCUGUUUCACACUGUUCCAUAACAGAUCUGGGUUUACGGGCCCUGGCUGGUACCCUAUCCCCGACAGCCUCUGCAUCUAUUUUGGGCCAUAAUGGACCAGGUGCUCAUCAGAAUGGAAGUGCACUAGUUCUCCGAGUACCCGCACCUCCGACGGCCAACGGAAAUGCACAUCGAUCCAGCGCUGGUGAAAAUAACGGCGCAGAUGGUGAUGCAGGGAGUGGGGAAACGGUCAGUCCUAGGCACCGACGACGUUCGCCUCCCCUUCCUCUUGUAGGCUGUGUUCAUCUUACCACGCUCGAAAUAGCUAGAUGUACUGCCAUCACUGAUAUUGGGCUGACUGCCGUUGCUCGUGUUUGUAACAAAUUGGAGAAACUUGACCUUGAGGACUGCGCUCUUGUCACAGAUGCCUCGCUAGCUCAGUUAGCCGUACACUGUCCACAUUUGAACAACCUCAUCCUCUCUCAUUGUGAUCAAAUCACCGAUGAAGGCAUUGCACGUUUGGCCGAGGGAUUAUGCGGUCCAGAUCAACUACAGGAAUUGGCUAUGGACAAUUGCCCUUUGCUAACCGAUACGGCAUUAGAACACCUGGGCAGUAACUGUCGCCGAUUGCAAAGACUGGAUUUAUAUGACUGCCAGCAGAUAACAAAGCAAGGGAUUUUCAACCUUGAGUCUCAAUAUCCACAUCUUCAAGUUCACGCGUAUUUCGCUCCGAGCACUCCUCCGGCCACUGCACUAGAGCGAAGGCGACGUUACUGCAGGUGUUGUCAUAUCGUAUGAGGCGACGUGCCAUCUUGUCAUUGUAGCACCUGCAAUUUCAGGUGCUAUGCUAAAUGGUCUUUCCCAAUUUCUCGUUUCGGUCAGUGCCACUGUUCGCGCAGUUCUUAGAACAUCUGUUGAUCUAUUCCUACCACUCAGUUCAAGUAUGAAACAGCUCCCUGGGUACUUUUGGUGCUUCACUGGCCCCUCGCGGAAUUCCUGAUCUAUGUUCCUUUUUCGUGAUCUCAGUCUUUCGGGCUUUUUCACCAAUGCCCCCAUUCCGGUCCCGAGUAUAUGGUUUGAUCCCCAACCUAUCACUCGCCUCGAGACGUUCUACUCACGACCACCGCACCGUCCGUCUAUUUCUUCACGCGCGGUCAUUUGCACUUCAUGUUCAUUGUCUUAGACCAUACUGCAUUUUUGUGUUCAUCUCGCUACUCAUGAAAAAGUUCCUCUCCUCGGAUGACGAUUCCCGGUUUUUGUUACACGUUCUUUUUUAACUUCCUUUGCAUGUCUCCAAUCCCCGUGUUUUCUCGUCCGGUUGCUUGCGUGAACUUGUUGGUGAUGAUCAGAUCGUUUUUCCUGUGACUAUCACUCUUUUCUCCCUUUGAUGUUUCUGUUGACAGCCAGCGCAGGUUCGCGUAGCAACACGUGCUGUAAUGUUUCUUCUGAUACUGCAUUACACUGACGCAACAAUGAUGUUGCUUCAUCACUCAUUCAUGGUGUCGUAUCUCACUCAGUCGACAUGUUGUUUUUUUCGCCACUUGGAUUUCAUUUUAUCUCAUUGUCGGUUAUUCAAUAUCACAAAGACAUGAUCCUGACAACUACGCUGUUUGAGACUUCCGUUCCACCGCCAUCUCUCUGCAUCUCUUUCUAUCCCAUUCCGAACCUCGCCCGACUAAUCAAUUACUCGGAUCCGCGUUUUAGCGCAAUCUUCGCCUUUUAUCUCGUCGCCUUUGUGGUUACACUCGCAUAUGCCAACAUAAUCCCAAAAACGCUUAUCUCAAUUAAACACCGGCUAUAUCUAUAUACUCCGUACCAUCAACUGUUACAACAUUAUAGGAUUCUCCGAACAACCACCGCCACUGACCUCUUUGUACAUGGUGACAUUACUGAUUUUCAGGGAGAAUAGGCUUGCAGUUUUUAAGAAGUAAUCGUUGAUUUCUGUUAUCAUUUGAAUAGCCGCGGUACAUUUACAUAUAUUGCUGAAUGCACAAUCCCACUCGGUGUUUUAU